UAAAUAUUCCAUGCACACUAUCGCAAAUUUCCUUUCUACCGUUUCUUUAACCUAGAACCUUCAAUACUACCACUCGCACGGAUCGUAUGUAUGCAGAAAUGAUUAUGGUACUGUUAAGAACCGCAUACAGAUACAUAUUCUGAUCGAAAGUUUGGUUUUACUCUGGUUAUGUAACUGUGUAGCUACGUUAUCGGUUUUUACAUGGGGCACCGUUAUUCAAAUGUUGCUUGGAUUGUGCAGUUUAAUCGUUUGACGACUGUUAACGAAAUGUCACACGUACCUACGAAAACUGUUGCAGUAAAUCAAACAAGUGUUUAGGGUGCGAAUUAAAUUGAUCCAAUCAAUUGAGCAAACGGAUGUAAUUAUCGAAAAUGCCCCAGCGUCGAGGAUGGAGACAGCCGAAACAAGAUCACAGCGUGUAUGUGCAGCAGUUGUUUAGAGAUUUUCUAACGCGGAACAACGAAAUACCCACUGCUGCCGCACCAACCGAUGCACGGACCAAUUUCUGUCGACCCGAACCUGUCGUUACCGAGCAACGCAAACAACCGGGCAUAUUUGACCGGGCUGUGUAUGCUCGUUUCGAACGUAAUACAAAUAGUGGAAGCUUUAUUCGACAAGAGCCAUCGAACAGAUCGAAAACAGGUCUCAUGAGAUGGAUUGAUCAACAACGCAACAAUCGUCCGCAACGAAAUGUAAGACAGAAGGUUUCGCGAAUGGAUGACUAUCUGAAUUUGCCCGGUAAUUUUUUUUCUUGUACGGAACAUAUGAAAUUACCAUUCGAAGUGGCAGACAAAACUAUAGGUAAUGUAACGAAUGUAACGAAUAACUUUGUUCCACCGGCAACAUCGACGCCUUUUGAUCGCAUGGCUGCGUUUGGUGUAUCUGGAGUCCUCUCGGAUCCGGAAGAGCUUCAGUCGAAUUCUCCUAUUUUCCAACCGACUUCUGACACAAAAUCUAGUGCUUGGGAAAUGUUUUUGAAAAAUUGUGAAGAAUAUUUUUCCGGCGUAACCAAAGAACACGAAUGCGCCAAUGAAUUGGUUCAGCAACGAAAGGAAAUGGAGACCUGUCUAAAAACGGGUGAAAUCAAUAUACCCGGUCAUCAGAUUGGGGAUCGACCCGAAACAAGAAUAGAAACAAUUCCCGUGAUGGCUUCAAAACGCAGUCAUAUUUUUGAUGAACCGACUAGUAGUAACAAUAGCGAUAUCUCGUUGAUGAUCAAUCACAAUCAAUCUCGAAACAGUCGAGAAUGUGAUCAUAUGUCGUUAGAAACAGCUAUGGAACUCCCGAACCCAUUCCCUGCCAUUCUGGACGAUGUUAACCAAGAACCGAUUCUAGCCAAGCACAAAAAAAGGAACAACGUCACUUUUUUGAUUGAACCAAACUCUCAAAGCAAAUUCAAACCAUGUUCCAGGCCAACACAGGUGCUAUCGGGCAAGGCGGAUGAUAUUUUACUAACUGCGUCGCCACCUUCUCCAACCAUGUCUUCGAGCCGUAGACGUUGUUUGUACGAAGAAAGCACUUUCCUUCUAGACCGAAUGCCAUCAGAUGACACGCUGAUGGAGAAAUUGGAUGCAUUACUGGAGGAGGAAGAAUUCAACAUACACGCUGAAAACAUGGACCACGAGUUUGAUUUAUGCACUCCAGCGAACCAGCCAACGAUGAAUAUUACCUUUCCAAGCCAGUUGCGAGUGAUGAAUAACCCUGCAGAUGAUUCGAUUAUUGCAAACACAGAUUUUGCAAAUACUCCUCUGUAUUUAUCGCAAGAUUUGAUGAUGGCGUCAAUUAUACAGGAUUUUCGGGAAGCUUUAUUUUGA